AUGCAUCUUGUUUAUCGUGUGCUGCUGUUUCUUGCUUACUUCGUGAUUCUUAUUCAAUGUCAAGGUGGUGGCGGAGGUGGAGGUGGCAGUGGUGGUGGCAGUGGUGGCGGUGGAAGAGGAGGGAACAGAGGCAGUGGUGCAUCAUGUACGACUGAUGAUUGCCGGCGGCGUGCUGGUAUUAUCGUGGGAAGUAUUUUAGGUGGUAUCAUCGGAUUGAGUUUGUUAGUCGUCGCAAUCGUGCUGGGUUUCAAAUACUGUAAAGGUCGACCACUUCGAAAAAAUUCAACCUUCGUCAAAGUUGCAAAAUCAAAAAAUUUCAAACAAGAAGCAUAUGAUAUCAAUCAUUUUCAGUCAGGUAUUUGGUCAAAUCGAUACUUUCAAUAUGGAAAUUGGCAUGGACCUUAUCAAUUAUCACUCUCGUUUGAUCCUCAAUCUAUGAUAAUAACAGGUUCAGGAUCAGAUGAUGUUGGUACAUUUACUAUACAUGGUACUUAUUCAAUUGAAACAUAUCGAAUGGGCUUUACAAAAAUAUAUCAACAAGGUACUGGUAAUUCAUCAGAAAAUUUAGGUCAUCAAGUCACUAUUCAAUUGACAUGGAAUGCACAAAAUAAUCAAUUUGAAGGCAAAUGGUAUGUUCAAACAAGUAAAUAUCAUGGUGAAGAUAAAUUUGAACUUAAAUUUGAUGGACAACACAUACAAACUGUAUAUGAAAAAGUAUAA